AUGAAGAAUAUCCGCCGCUACCAGAAGUCCACGGAGCUGCUGAUCCGCAAGCUGCCCUUCCAGCGCCUGGUGCGCGAGAUCGCGCAGGACUUCAAGACCGACCUGCGCUUCCAGAGCUCGGCCGUCAUGGCGCUGCAGGAGGCGAGCGAGGCCUACCUGGUGGGGCUCUUCGAGGACACCAACCUGUGUGCCAUCCACGCCAAGCGCGUCACCAUCAUGCCCAAGGACAUCCAGCUCGCCCGGCGCAUCCGCGGGGAGCGCGCCUGAGGCUGCUGUCCCUUCAUUGCCAAACCCAAAGGCUCUUUUAAGAGCCACUCCAUCUACAACAAAAGGAGCUGUUGACACUAUGCAACUAGUAAUGGUAUAUGAAGUGCUGUGCUGCAAUUACCUGGAUUUUUUUUAGUAAUCAAUAUACCUUUACGUACUGCAAAAUAUAAUUUUGAGUCACAUGGGGUGCUGUGGUGACAUCACAGUUAACCUCAAGAUCAGUUAACUAAAAGACUCCUUUUAGAAUCAUAGAAUCACUCAGAUUGGAAAAGACCUUAAAGAUCGAGUCCAACCUUGACCUCAGCAUACUACCUUAACUAACAGCACUCUACUAAAUCCUGCCCUGAGCACCACAUCCAAAUGGUUCUUAAACACAUCAAGGGAUGGUGACUCAACCAC